AUUGAGGUCUGCGGCAGAGGAGGUGUGCUGCACCAUGAGGCUGUUGCUGCUGCUAGUGAUCUGCUGUGCACUACUCACUCCCCCGGCCGCUGCCAGACCCCCUCAUAGACAGAAGCGAGUGAGUGACCAACGACUGGCUGAGCUGGAGACUCUUUUGGCUUUGGCGAAGAUGAAGAACAGAAAAUAUGUCACCCUACCUGUUGGCUUUGGCCUGAUCGACGUGAAGCAGAUUGGUCGCCGCAAGAGGGCCGCUGCCGUCUCCUUGGAUGCUCCCCGGGACAUGACUCAGCAGGACCUCGAUGAGUAUGACAUCGGCGAACUCAUCUCCGACCUCUCCAGCUCCCUCAACACGGACGACCGAAGCCUAGAGGACAACACCUACCCCGCGGAGGAAGUCAACCUGGAGGAGGAGCUCAAGGAGGAUAGGAAGGCCAGUAGAAUGAAGGAUGCUCGUAUGCAGGCCGGGUUGAGGGAGGCUCCACCCACCAUCCUCUUCGGCAUGAGGGGCGUUCCUCACCACAGGUUUAUUUAGAUGCUGAGGAAGGCGGCACACGCACCCACAAGAUCUGCUAAGUUUCUAUUUAUUUCAACUAGUCAUUUUGUUUUUCUUUUCUGCUAUUAUCGACUUCACUUCAAGGUUGCGUUCGAAGCAGUAUACCCUAACACUCUGAACCUCUAGUCUUCAACGACGCUGGGACAUGGAUGAAACUAAGUAUGGAUUGAAGUUGAAGAUUUUCCUUUAGCUAUGCGUUGUGUGGGAACAAGUCUGAUGAAGAAUAUACUGCUCGAACGCAAACAUGUGAUAUAUAUAUACAUUAUUAUUCGCUGUGAGUGACAUUAACAGACGUACACAAGCGAAACACCCACUGAACCUUCCCCAAUGCUUCGGUCACUUUGUGUACAUAAUAACCUUUAUUCCGGAGAUAAAUUGUCAUUAAUAACAAAGGGUUUUUAUAAAAGCCACAGAGAGAUAGUGGUGUUGUUUCAGAGCAAGUUGGGGGAUUUGCUUAUACUCUGAACGUCGAAAACAAACAACAGUAAAUUAAAUGAAAACUUAUAGAGGCUACAGUCAUUUAUAUCUUAUUGUUUUUGUUAUUUUAUAAAGACUAAGUUGAGUCCUUGUUUACUUUACGACCAAAAGUAUAAACACAAAGUAUCCCAAUCAUGUUCUUAUUGUAUUUGUUAGAUAACUUAUUAAUCCUAGUGAUAAAUUGUGAAAGAUAUCACUUGCCAGAGAUCUGCUAUUUAAUGUAAUGACGAUUUAUGUGAACAUUUAUUUAGAUGAACAUUUGGAUCCCAUUAUUUUUUUUUGCUGAAUGUCGGAUGCUCUCAAUUUGCUGAAUGUUUGAAUGCUUUUCUGUAGCUGAAUAUGGACGAUUACUUUCGCUAAAUGUGUGGACGCCUGGGCUGAUACACUGGAGCUUCAGUUAAGAUGAAAUAAAAGACAAUAGGCAGCUAACCAGAACAUCCACAAUACAGUUGACAAUAAUGAUCAGUACGAUAGUUUUAUUUACGUGUAAACCCAAGAGUCACAUUACUCCACUAUUUUGAAUAUUCCUGUCUGAA